AUGUCUGAACAUGUGCUACCGGCCGAAGAGCCGAUACGGUUCGUUGCGCCAGUAAUUCAAGAUAACCCUACAGGAUGGGGUCCUUGCGAGAUGCCGGAUCAAUUCCGGGAUAUGCCUUACCAGCCCUUCAGCAAAGGGGACAGGUUAGGGAAGAUCAGUGAUUGGACAGUAGUACAAGACAAGAAGUACCAGAAUAAGUACGCGUCGCAGUUUGGCGCUGGUUCGUCAUAUGCAUACUUCCACGAUGAAGACGAAAGUACAUUCCAUCUGGUUGACACAACUCGGGUACAGAAGCCUCCGUAUCAACGUGGACGUGCUCGGGGGCAGAGGGGACGUGGAGCUAGAGGUGCACGUACACCUGGUGGCAUGACUACAUUGAACAAGCAAAGGGAUCGUAAGCUUGGUAAGAGAUGGGGUCAAAGAGGUGCUCCUAUGAAGAUCCGUGAUGCAUCAGUGACUGUGAGACCCACAUGGGUAACCAUUGAAGAUAUGGACUUUCCACGUCUUGCUAAACUAUCAUUACCUGGCAUUAAAGAAGGUGAAGAUAUUGUCUGCUGUGGUACCUUGGAGUACUAUGACAAAGGAUAUGAUCGUGUCAAUGUCAAGCAUGAGAAGCCAUUACAGCGCAUCGAUCGGGUCUUCCAUACGGUGACUACUACUGAUGACCCAGUGAUCCGUCGUCUCAGUAAAACUGUUGGAACAGUGUAUGCCACAGACACCAUUCUCGCUACUAUUAUGUGCUGUACUCGCUCUAACUACUCCUGGGAUAUCGUAAUGGAGAAGAUAGGUGACAAGUUGUUCCUGGACAAGCGUGACAACACUGAGUUUGAUCUGCUCACCGUAAAUGAGACAUCUGUGGAACCUCCAGCGGAUGAUGGCAAUUCUAUCAACUCACCGCGUAACCUUGCUCUUGAGGCGACAUUUAUAAACCAUAACUUCAGUCAGCAGGUGCUGAAAUCGGGUACAAAUGAACCAAAAUACAAAUUCCCCGAACCGAACCCGUUCGUUUCGGAGGAAGAAGGUGAAAUUGCAUCUGUUGGUUACCGGUACAGGAAGUGGCAGCUCAACAAUGGUGUUGUGUUGGUAGCUCGCUGUGAACACGACGCGGUUCUCCAAGGCCCUCAGAACGAGAUGCAGUUCCUCACGAUCAAGGCGCUGAACGAAUGGGACUCGAAGCUGGCCAACGGAGUUGAGUGGAGGCAGAAGUUGGACACUCAGCGAGGUGCCGUACUUGCUAACGAGCUGAGGAACAACUCUUGCAAGCUGGCGAAGUGGACUGUGCAGGCGCUCUUGGCCGGCUCCGAUCAAAUCAAGUUCGGAUACGUGUCCCGGGUUCAAGUCCGCGACAACGCCCGCCACGUAAUCCUCGGCACCCAACAGUUCAAGCCGCACGAAUUUGCGGCGCAAAUCAACUUGUCCAUGGACAACGCUUGGGGCAUUCUGCGCUGCAUCAUAGAUAUCUGCAUGAAGCAGAAGGAUGGUAAAUAUUUAAUAAUGAAGGAUCCGAACAAGCCUCUUAUCCGCUUGUACGACAUUCCGGACAACACUUUCGAAUCGGACGCGUCUGAGGAGAGCGGCGACGAGCCAGCAGACACGCCAUUCGCCCCACUAUACUCCUACGGAAACUCCAAGAGAAUUUAA